AUGCCUGCAACACCAUCUGUAGGUACUUAACAUUUAAUGAUGUCAUCAUUUGCAUCGAUAUCUGAUUGUGAUGAUUAGCUUCUAUCACAAAUUUAAUUCUCAAAUUAAAUCUAUAAUUGGGCACUUGACAAGGAGCCCACCAAGAAUCUACCUCUAAAAAAACUCCAUUAACUGGGAUAGUUAACUCUUGGACUGACAAAAUAAAGUUGACUUGUUAACGAAUUCAAAUAGGUAAAAUAACAAUAUACACCUGCAGUGCAUGUAGAAUCAGCAGAUCCUGUUACUUUAAUUACUAUUGGUAGUGAUCCAAGACUUUGAUCAUCUGGCUUUGCAGGGGAAGUAACAC